UCUAUCUCAACACUUUGGCCUCUUCAUUAGAGCAGACACACAACACCUGCCUCAGCCCAAAGUGAUAAAUUCCGGCUCCUGGGGUAGUUUAGGAUUUGUUUGCUGGGAAAAGGCACAGUCUGCGUGCUGGAAUUUGUUCAAUCCUGACAGCAGAAUCUGUCUUCAGAUGGGUAUCUCCAAAGGCCUUGGCCCCCUCGGCAUCCACUUGUUAACGGAGGAAGGGGUCUCCUUUCAGACUGACAAUGAGAUGUUUUGGUGCUCCUGUUGUAAUGGGACAAAGUACCGGGUCCAUGCCCAAGAUAUGAAGGAUCUCACCAGUAAGUUUCAGCUCUCUCUGCUCCCAAAUGGCAAGGUCCUUCUGCAGGACUUCCGAGACAUGUACAUCAGUUGGAUUGACUACGAUGGGGUCACGUACUUGGAGGUCGAAAAGUGUGUCCCAGAUGAACUGUGUGAGUUUGAGGUGUUCAAUGACGGGGAGAAAGUAAUGCUUAAGUCUUCCAAUGGCCUGUUCGUGUGCAGGAAUUUCCGGCAUCACGGAGACGCCAUAGAGGCUGGCCGGUCCAUUAUAGAAGACUGCUGCCGGUUUCGCACAGGAAUGGGCGACUUGUAUCCCCCUUGCUUCGAUAUUUCAGAUGUUGUACUGGGCAACGUCUCAAAGCUCACUUGUCGCCCUUGUGUGCUGAAGAAAGAGACCUUCGUCAACAAGACGGACGUGGCCCAGAGCCAUGAGUUUACGCUGAGCUGGGAGACCCGGACCACAGACACCACUCAAUGGGACACAACCUGGGGUCUAAACGCCACUUAUUCAGCCACGUUUUCAGCCAUGGCCUUUGAAGCGGUGAUCACCUACAAUGGUACUUUCCAGAAGGUUGCGUCUACCUACAGAUCCAUAGUGGAAAAGAGAAGAGUUACGGUAAAUGUUCCAGAGCACAGCAAGGUCACAGCUCAGCUAAUCGUGUGUAAAAUGGAGAACGCAUCUAUUCCCUUUACUGCCAUCAUCCGCAAGACCAAAGUGAAUGGAGAAACGAUCAACCUGGCGGAAAAAGGUGUGUGGAAGGGCCUUGUAUACGAUGACGUAACCUUGGAGACCAAGCAGGAGCCUGAAGGAGAGUUUGCAAAUACCUGCAGGGCACUAUGAUGCCAUAGGCUGAGACCUCAUAGGAACCGGAAACAAUGACUCAGAUGGAACUGCUACCACUGAUGUCACGGACAAUGCGGCGCGUGACCGGUUUGUGCUGCUGCUGGCAGUAUGACUAAUGUAGAGACUAGAGCUGCUCAACGCUGGCGUCUCGUGGCCGUUUCAUCUUCUGAAGGGACAAUCGUUCUCUUGCAACGUCUACCCUAUAUAUGCAACGCUUUGGCUUCUUCAGUAUGGUACUGGGCUCUUUGUACGGCAUAAGGGAAAUUUCCAGCCUGGAGCACAGAAUUCUGUUAAACUGCACCUGAUUUCCUUCAUAGAAGAUGACCCCUUAGGGAUAAAAACCAAAACAAAUUUUCAACCGCUACUUUGAGAGAUUCAUGUGUUUCCCAGCAGCGGUGGCCUCUUGUAUACAGAAGUAUAAGCCUACUGCUGCACAUGACUCCUUUUUAUGGAAAUCUCUGCUCACUAAGCCAUGUGUCUCGUGCAUCGUAACUCAGGGUUAUUGCUGUAUUAUAUAUUUCACUUUGCUGGGCUACUGUUUGUUUUUUUUCCUAUAUUUGCACUAGAGUUUUAUAAUGGUCCACGAAUGAUUCUAGAAAAAUGUUAUAUUUAAAAUAAACCGCAACCUGCAUUCAAAUACCA